AUGUGCACAGUGCUUUCGCCCUUUUGAAAAUGGUCUGUUUUAUGAGUAUGAUGGAAGACAGUACUGUGAAUAUGACUUUCAACAACUUUAUGCUCCCUGCUGCAAUAGCUGUGGUGAAUACGUUAUUGGCAGAGUAAUAAAGGCAAUGCAUGCUAACUGGCACCCUGAUUGCUUUAGAUGUGAACUUUGCAAGGACCCUCUAGCAGACACUGGGUUCAUUAAAAAUGCAGGAAGAGCCCUUUGCAAAAGAUGCCAUGCUGCUGAAAAGGCCAAGGGUGGAAGAUACCUUUGUAAUCGAUGCCAUACAUACAUUGAGGAAGGAGGUCACAUUAUGUACAUGGGUGAGCCCGUUCAUCCUUGGCAUUACAACUGCUAUGCCUGCAACAAAGAGUUGGAUGUCAACUGUAGAAAAAAGAACAAUGAAUUAUAUUGCUUGCGAUGCCAUGACAAGAUGGGGACACCCAUAUGUGGAUCAUGCAGACGUCCUGUGGAAGAUCGUGUAGUAAAUGCACUUGGCAAGCAGUGGCAUGUUGAGCAUUUCUGUUGUGCACAAUGCGAGAAGCCUUUUUAUGGUCACAGACACUACGAAAAGAACGGCCUGGCUUACUGCGAAACACAUUUUAAUGAACUCUUUGGUGACAUCUGCUUCGUUUGCAACCGUGCCAUUGCCCGAGAUGUCGUUACUGCCUUGAAUAAGUGCUACUGUGUGCAGCAUUUUGCUUGCUGGGGUUGUAAUGUCAAACUCACCCUCAAGAGCAAAUUUCAUGAGUUUGACAUGAAGCCACUUUGUCUGAAAUGUCACGAAAAACUUCCACGAGAGCUUCGCAAAAGACUGAGGAAAGCCGAAUCUGCUAAUCGAUAGGAGGCAGCCUCAUUUUAACAUCAUCAAGUCCUUAUUCAUUUCUUACAACCGACAAUAUAUAUUUGCUGUUAUCAAACUUCUUGGCAUGGCAUGUUUUUACAAGAUAAGAAGAACGUUAUUGCCUUCAGUAUUCUAUAACUUCUUUUAUGCUCUGUUUACCUAAAUGAAUUAGUAAUAAUCAACAUGAUUCUCCAAAUGCUUCAAUAAAUGUCUUGUAUGUAUUUAUAUACUUAUCACAGUUGUUUAUCCGAGUGUAUUGAAGAUUUUGGCAGAGAUUUGACCUUAAUGAGUCCCAGAAAAAUUGUUAAAUAUUGAUAAGCGCUGCCUUUAUUGCUGAUGGCGUCUUUGUUUCGGAAGAUAAACAUAAGUCCCUUGAUAUCUAUUUUUGUAAACAAUAUACAGUUUUCACUUCUUGCCUCUUAUACCGUCAACUUCCCAAAAAGUGUAUUUGAAGCAUUGGAAAGUCCUUUGAUAUUUUUUGUGUAACAUAUAGUAUAACAGUUGACAGAAGUAUGUAGCAUUUAUUUUGAUGCAAAAUUUUAUAUUCUAUUUUGUCUUGUAUUCAUGUAUUUAAAUGAUUUAGAGUUAUGCUUCCUUACUUACUAUGAGAAUUUUCAACAAUUUUCUACAUAUUUAAAGAUAUAUCUACAAAGUACAAAGUUUUUGACAACGUCAAUGCCGA